GCGGCGGCGCCGGGUGACGGAGGGAGCCGGAGUGCUAGUGCCGCGGCGGCGGCGGACGGCCCAGCCCGAGCCCGAGGGUCUGGGGGUGGCGUGGGGGCGCGGCGACGCGGAGCCGGGGACCCCGGGAUCUGCAAGGCGGCGCGGCCCGGGUCGCCGGAGCAGUGCGGGCGGCCCGGCGGCGGCGCGAUGCCUCUCGCCCAGCUCAACGAGCCCUGGCCGCUCAUGGAGCUGGUGCCACUGGACCCGGAGAAUGGACAGGCCUCAGGAGAAGAGGCUGGACUUCAGCAAGACAAGGAUGAGGGCGUCCUCAAGGAGAUCUCCAUCACUCACCAUGUCAAGGCUGGCUCCGAGAAGGCAGACCCGUCCCAGUUUGAACUCCUCAAGGUUCUGGGCCAGGGAUCCUUUGGCAAAGUGUUCCUGGUGCGGAAAGUCACCCGGCCAGACAAUGGACACCUGUAUGCCAUGAAGGUACUCAAGAAGGCGACACUGAAAGUGCGCGAUCGUGUUCGGACCAAGAUGGAAAGAGACAUCCUGGCCGACGUAAACCAUCCCUUUGUGGUGAAGCUACACUAUGCCUUCCAGACAGAGGGAAAACUCUACCUGAUUCUGGAUUUUCUGCGUGGCGGGGACCUCUUCACACGACUCUCUAAAGAGGUUAUGUUCACAGAGGAGGAUGUAAAAUUUUACUUAGCCGAGCUGGCUUUGGGCCUGGACCACCUCCACAGCUUGGGCAUCAUUUACAGAGACCUGAAGCCUGAAAACAUCCUUCUGGAUGAGGAGGGCCAUAUCAAGCUCACUGACUUUGGCCUGAGCAAGGAAGCCAUUGACCACGAGAAGAAGGCCUAUUCCUUCUGCGGGACGGUGGAGUACAUGGCCCCUGAGGUUGUCAGCCGCCAGGGCCACACCCACAGUGCUGACUGGUGGUCCUAUGGGGUGCUGAUGUUCGAGAUGCUGACAGGCUCCCUGCCCUUCCAGGGGAAGGACCGGAAGGAGACUAUGACACUGAUUUUGAAGGCGAAGCUAGGCAUGCCCCAGUUUCUGAGCACAGAAGCCCAGAGCCUCCUGCGGGCUCUCUUCAAGCGGAAUCCUGCCAACCGGCUUGGCUCUGGUCCUGAUGGGGCAGAGGAGAUCAAGCGGCAUGUCUUCUACUCCACCAUCGACUGGAACAAGCUGUACCGUCGGGAGAUCAAACCCCCCUUUAAGCCAGCUGUGGCUCAGCCCGACGACACCUUCUACUUUGACACUGAGUUCACGUCCCGCACCCCCAGGGACUCCCCAGGCAUUCCCCCCAGUGCGGGCGCCCAUCAACUGUUCCGUGGCUUCAGCUUCGUGGCCACUGGCCUGAUGGAUGAUGAUGGCAAACCUCGCUCCACGCAGGCACCAUUGCACUCGGUGGUUCAGCAACUACACGGGAAGAACUUGGUGUUCAGCGAUGGCUACGUGGUAAAGGAGACCAUCGGUGUGGGCUCCUACUCUGUGUGUAAGCGCUGUGUCCACAAAGCCACCAACACAGAGUAUGCUGUCAAGGUCAUUGACAAGAGCAAGCGGGAUCCCUCAGAAGAGAUUGAGAUUCUUCUGCGGUACGGGCAGCACCCCAACAUCAUCACUCUCAAAGAUGUGUAUGAUGACGGCAAACACGUGUACCUGGUGACCGAGCUGAUGCGGGGUGGCGAGCUACUGGACAAGAUCCUCAGGCAGAAAUUCUUCUCGGAGCGGGAGGCUAGCUGCGUUCUAUACACCAUCAGCAAGACCGUGGAGUAUCUGCACUCCCAGGGGGUUGUGCACAGGGACCUGAAGCCCAGCAACAUCCUGUAUGUGGACGAGUCGGGGAACCCUGAGUGCCUGCGCAUCUGUGACUUUGGUUUUGCCAAGCAGUUGCGGGCGGAGAAUGGACUCCUCAUGACCCCUUGCUACACCGCCAACUUCGUGGCCCCCGAGGUGCUGAAGCGCCAGGGCUACGACGAAGGCUGUGACAUCUGGAGCCUCGGCAUCCUGCUCUAUACCAUGCUGGCAGGGUACACUCCAUUUGCCAACGGGCCCAGCGACACUCCAGAGGAGAUCCUGACCCGGAUUGGCAGCGGGAAGUUCACCCUCAGUGGGGGGAAUUGGAAUACAGUUUCAGAGACAGCCAAGGACCUGGUGUCCAAGAUGCUGCACGUGGACCCCCACCAACGCCUCACAGCUAAGCAGGUUCUGCAGCACCCGUGGAUCACCCAGAAAGACAAGCUUCCCCAGAGCCAGCUGUCCCACCAGGACCCGCAGCUGGUGAAGGGAGCCAUGGCGGCCACCUACUCCGCUCUCAACAGCUCCAAGCCCACUCCCCAGCUGAAGCCCAUCGAGUCUUCCAUCCUGGCCCAGCGGCGGGUGAGGAAGCUGCCAUCCACCACCCUGUGAGGGGCCCCGGCGUCCAGGCCGCAGGGCGGCGCUAGCUUGAUGGAGAAAGCUCUUUCCCAGAGAAGAGCAGGGCCUUGGCACAGGGCCGGGAGGAGCUGUCGCCCCUUUCUGCGAGGGGCCCCGGAGGCAGCCGGCCCAGACCACCCCUCUAAGGUGUGAGAAGUGCCUUCUUCCCCAGGAUGGACUCUUCUCAGCUCAGGCUCUGCUGGUUGAAACCGAAUCACUGUACAAACUCUUUUUUGUUGUUUUUGUGUGUGUGUUUUGUCGUUGGUGUGGGGGGAGGGGUGUCACACCCGGCGGUGGUCAGGGGCCUACGGAAAGAAAAAUGGCAUCAACCUCCGCACAUUUUCAGAGGAUCCAUUUGCCUUUCUGGGAGCAGAAAAGCCCAGGAAGGGCAGUCACGGGAGGGCUCUCUGUGGCUGAGACUCUUUAAAAUAGCUUUGUGGGCCUGCCCUGGGACCCCCACGAUCAGCCGCCUGUAGCCAUCUGCACACUCCAAGGCUGGCCAGCACCUUCCAGACUCGCAGCUGUUAAGAAGAACUUGCUCUACCCCUCGCCAGCCCCUUUUCCCGGCCAUUCUGCUAAGGGGGUCCGGAACCACUCCCUGCUAGAGGGGAGGACCAAGACCCCAUGGCUCCCCACUCCAGGCACCAGCAUCCAGACAGGCCCCCAGAGGGCCCCCCUGCAUUCAGGUGGGGCGGCCCCAGAGGAGGCCCCAGAAAGCACUUUCUGGCUGACUUUGUGUUAGAGUCUGCCACAGGACCGAGCUCAUGGGAGGCCGGGGCCGGCCAACGCGGACAGGGGCUUUUGUUCAUUUCUUUCUUCAGCUGGUAACUCAGGGUUCAUCUGUCCAUGGCCUUUCUAAUAAACUUACAGUUGAGUUGAAGCC